CCCUGGAGGUUUGGGAUGAAAGACAAACACCCAGACACGAUCAUUGGUUUUUCUAAGAGGUGCGACUGGGUGACGACACCUUCUGUAGAUAUAAGGAGAAGCAGCAGUUCGUUUCCUCUGAAGGUGAAGCCACAAAGUCUCUUCAGUUCAGGUGAGUUCACACAGAGCAUCAGACAGAUUUUAUCCAUCAGCAGUUUCAGCAGAAAUCUGACAAUGAAGCUGGUAUCCGUCGUCCUCCUCCUCCUGGCUCCACUGUUGACCAGCUGCCAGAAGCCCGUCCUCCCAGUGGACUGCAGUGACAUCUAUCUCCAAGACAAGAGCCGACCCAGCGGAGAGUACACCAUCUACCCCGCUGGAGAAAAGUCUGCUGUCCAGGUGUACUGCGACUUGAAGUCAGAAGGAGGUCGGUGGACGGUGUUCCAGAGGAGGAUGGACGGCUCGGUGAACUUCUACAGGCCCUGGGAUCAAUACAAGAAGGGUUUCGGCUUCCCGUCUGGAGAGUACUGGCUCGGUCUUGACAACAUCCACUACCUGACACGCAACCGAAAAUCUGAGCUGCUGGUCGACAUGGAGGACUUCGAGGGGAAUAAAGUGUUUGCUCGGUACACUUCAUUCGCCAUUGAUUCAGAAGAUGCUGGAUAUCUGCUGCAUGUAUCUGGAUUCAUCAAUGGGGGGGCGGGAGACUCCUUGAGUUACCACAACGGACAGAAGUUCACCACCUUCGACAAAGACCAGGACUCCUGGACUGGCAACUGUGCCAGAAAACACCUGGGGGCGUUCUGGUACAAUGUAUGUCACGAAGCAAACCCCAAUGCGGUUUAUCGUUGGGGGGCUGACAAGACUCUCUAUGCUGUUGGGGUGGACUGGUACCGUUGGAAGGACCAUGACUACUCCCUGAAGGCCAUCAGCAUGAAGAUCCGUCCUGUGUAGUAAAUCUCCAGGACCAACGUACAGCAGAAUAUCAGCUGAUCUCUUGUGAUUUCUUUCUCUUUCUGUCAUUAAGCAUGUAAUCUCACUGUGGGCCGUAUGUUCCUGAAACUGGGUACAAGCACAAUCCACCAGCACAAGAAAACCAACUAAUAUUUGUUACAGCCAGUUGAAGGUAGACGGACGUCAGCAGCUGAAGUAAAUAUUUCCAUCUAAAAUAAAAGUCAGAGUUUGAUUGUGUGUGUGAGCAGCUGCUGGCUGUAAAGAGAAAUGAUUCUCUGCUGGUUAAGAUGUUGCCUUCAGUCCGCUGGCUGCAGCUAAACACACUCUCAGCUUUAAAGUCAAACUAAUUAGUUUCAACAUAACGUUUGGUGGAGGUCUGAAUCUUUAUCUGCUGCACGGUGACAAUAAAUGAGAAGCUGAGCAGAAA